AUGGACGUACCCGUCGAAGAAUACACGAUCGGGUGGAUCUCCGCACUCACGAUAGAGGCGAUAGCGGCGAGAAUGAUGUUUGACCAGAAGAAUCGAGGCCCGACCCGACGCAUCCCCGAUGACAAGAACUCCUACGUCUGCGGGAGAAUGGGAGAGCAUCAUGUGGUGAUCACGAUUCUCCCCGAAGCAGGCGGGGUGGCGGCGGGCCAAGCAGCCACCAAUCUCACGCGCACCUUUCCCUCGAUCCGAUAUAUAUUCAUGGUCGGCAUCGGCGGAGGCAUUCCCCGCCCGAAAUACGACAUCCAGCUCGGGGAUAUCGUGGUCAGUGUGCCCACAGAUGAGUGUUCCGGGGUGCGACAGAUCGAUAUCGGCAAGGAGGAAGAGGAUGGAUUCAAGCUGAAGGGGACGUUGAACCAGCCCCACGUCACGCUCCUGGGGGCCAUCAAAUAUCUGCAGGUGUUACACGCGAUGUCCGAAGGCCACGUCCAUUCCCUCGUCCAGCAUCCCCGGAAUGUUCCCCCGAGAUUACGGGCCCAAUUCGCUUACCAAGGACCCGAGGCAGGUUCAGGGUGCUCCCGACCACCCGGAGGCUGCGAGGAAUGUGAUACAAAUCAGACCCGACCCGAUCCAGAGAUUCAUUAUGGUAUUAUUGCUUCAGGCAGCAAAGUUAUAAAGUCGGCAUCGGUUCGAGAUCGGAUCGGCGAGACAUUUGAUGCCUGUUGUGUGGAAAUGGAGGCUUACGGCCUAAUGAAUUAUUUCCCCUGUCUGGUCAUUCGUGGGAUUAGUGACUUCGCGGACGGACAGAAGAAUGAUAACUGGCAAGGUUAUGCUUCCCUAACAGCGGCAGCGUAUGCUAAGGAUCUCCUGCUCUCUAUGCCCGCUGAGCAGGUCCAGUACUCUCCGGCAUUGGCUAAGAGUUAG